AUGCUGUCGAAACAACUAAUACAAAGACUAUCAACUAAGAGUCUAGCAAGUAAGAAUUCUGUUAGAGCUAUACAGCACACAAGGAAACUCGCCACACCUUCUGCACCUCAGGGGAUGGCGACGACAGUUGACGCUGGUUCAGGACCAUUGAGCGCACCCAAAGAUUUAGAUAAUAAAGCUAUAAUAGCGCCACUUGAUUCUUUCGGGUUCAACAUUACUGCAGAACGCAAAUCAACUGAUCCAAGGAGACCUAUUUACUUGGAUGCUCAAGCUACGACGCCUCUUGAUCCGCGAGUAUUAGAUAAAAUGUUGCCUUGGUUCACAAAUCAAUAUGGUAACCCUCACUCAAGAACGCACGUCUAUGGAUGGGAAUCUCAAGAUGGUGUUGAAGAGGCUAGAGCGCAUAUUGCUGGUCUGAUAGGUGCAGAUGCAAAAGAUAUCAUUUUCACGUCGGGUGCUACAGAAGCGAAUAACAUGUCAAUUAAGGGUGUCGCUAGAUUCAACAAGAACAGAAAGAAACACAUUAUAACCACGCAGACUGAGCACAAGUGUGUCUUAGAUUCAUGCCGUCAAAUGCAAGAAGAAGGUUUUGACGUCACGUACUUACCUGUUCAAACUAAUGGGUUAGUUUCCCUAGAAGAGCUUGAAAAGGCUAUCAGACCUGAUACUUCAAUCGUAUCUAUCAUGGCAGUUAAUAACGAAAUUGGUGUCAUACAACCACUCAAGGAAAUUGGACAACUACUCCGUAAAUAUAAAGGCAUACAUUUCCACACAGAUGCUGCUCAAGCACUCGGUAAAAUCCCAAUGAGCGUACAAGAUAUGAACAUCGAUUUAAUGUCAUUAUCCGGUCACAAAAUCUAUGGUCCAAAGGGUGUCGGUGCUUUAUACGUCAGACGUCGCCCAAGAGUCAGAAUUGAUCCUCUCUUCAGUGGUGGUGGUCAAGAAAGAGGUUUGAGAUCUGGUACUGUACCAGCUCCAUUAGCAAUCGGUUUUGGUGAGGCUUGUCGUAUUGGUAAAUUAGAAAUGCAGAAUGACCACGAUAGAAUAAGUGUACUCAGACAAAGACUUUUGGAUGGUAUCAUCGGAAAAUUAGACCAUGUGAACCUCAAUGGUAGUGAAACAGCAACAUAUCCAGGAUGUACUAACCUCUCAUUUGCCUUCGUUGAAGGAGAGUCACUCUUAAUGGCUUUGAAUGAUGUCGCAUUAUCUUCUGGAUCUGCAUGUACAUCAGCUUCAUUAGAACCUUCCUACGUUUUAAGAGCGUUGGGUGCAGAUGAUACGAUGGCUCACUCAUCCUUGAGAUUCGGUAUCUCUAGAUUUACAACUGAAGCUGAAAUUGACUUGGUCGUUAACAAGAUUGUGGGCGUUGUCAACAAGCUUAGAGAUAUGUCACCAUUAUGGGAGAUGGUACAAGAAGGUAUCGAUUUGAGAACAGUUGAAUGGUCUGGAUAA